CUAUCUGUCAUUUCAGCCACCGAUCGAGCAUGACUCCCACGCGUUUCAUUUUAAAUUAUAAUUUUAAUCAAUUUCUACAAUGAAUUUUACAAGGUUGGUUUAUUAUAUAUUAGUGUAUGUAGUGAUAUAUUGUCCACUCAGUGUUCUGUGCAAUGGUAAAGCUUUGGGAGGGCAUUAUGGUAUUAACGAUUUAGAGCACAUUCAUGAAACUACACCGCCUUGCUCCAUCUGUCCCCGGGGCGGUGUGUGCGUACCGAAAGUGCAGUGUCCCGCGCACACCAGACCACACUCUUAUAACCCAAGAUGUCAUAUUAAUAAAGAACAUAUAGGUGUUUGUUGUUUCACAGGGAAUAGAUUGGCUGCGGAAGCCGACCGAAAAUUCCGCGCAGCUGUCAACAUACCAGAAUUGAAAGAAGUCCACAAUAUAUCUAGACAACGACUGCUAGAUUGGAUGGAAAGAGCCGCCAUCUUGUCAGACAAGGACGGCACGAUAGUCCAGGAUCACCAACCGAGCUAUGGUCAUCAUCUAUCUAUGACUUUCAACAAAAAAGCUAACAUCCUGGGACAAAGUGGACUUGUCAAUUUAUUCGCUGCGCAGGAGUUGAGAGAUCGGCAGGCGCUUUCCGAUCACGAGCUUGCUCUGGGUCUUACUGAUCAUUUGGAUGGUACACUAUGCCCAAUCCAACCUAGUUGUCCCACAACACCCAAUAAGUACAGAAGUAUAGAUGGCAGCUGCAACAAUCCGCAGCAAGCGAGUUGGGGGGCAAGCCACACUGGAUAUGAGAGGCUACUGCCGCCGGAUUAUCGAGAUGGCACAUGGUCGUUCCGUCUAUCAGUAACAGGUAACCACCUUCCCAGUGCUCGAGAAGUGAGCAGUGUUCUCAUCCCAGACGCUCAUCAGCCGAGCCGAUCACAUAAUCUUAUGUUCAUGCAAUUUGGGCACUUGCUGGCUUAUGAUGUUACCUCUGGAGUUGUUUUUAGUACUGCCAACGGCAGCGGAAUAUCCUGCUGUUCUCAAGAUGGAACUGCCCUCCCCAUAGAGCUACAACAUUGGGCUUGCGCCGCCAUCCCGGUGGCCGACACAGAUCCCUUUUACAAGCAGUUCCACACUAAAUGCCUUAACUUUGUGAGGACACAGCUUGCACCGUGGAGUGAUUGCUCUGUCGGAUAUGCUAAGCAGAUGAAUGGUGUAACCCACUACCCAGACCUAUCCCCCAUUUAUGGUAGUUCUCUAGAGAAGUUAAACUCACUGCGAGCCCCUGGUGGCUUGCUGAAGACCUUCCAUGAUUUUGGUAGGGAACUACCGCCACUCACGCAGAAACCGGAGUGUUUGGUCAAGAGUCAGGGUGCUGUUUGUUUUGAUUCGGGUGAUAAUCACGGAAACCAGAUAAUAUCCCUCACAGUUCUGAACACUCUUUUCAUCAGAGAGCACAAUAGAAUUGCUCGAGAACUUUCCCUAAUAAACCCGAAGUGGGAUGAUGAUAAAGUUUUCUUUGAAGCCAGAAGGAUCGUACAAGCAGAGUUCCAAAACAUCAUUUAUAAGGAAUGGUUGCCACUGCUUUUAGGUCCAAAAGUAAUGAAGUUGUUCAAAAUAACAUCUCCCAAGGGUUAUUCUACUGGCUACGAUUCCCUCGUGAAUCCUUCUUUAACAGCCGAGUUUGCUGCUGCAGCCAUGAGGUUUGGACAUUCCACUGUUGAUGGCAAAAUGAUGGUUCUUAACCCGAAAUCGGGAGAUACAUCCGAGGUGCUGUCAAUCCCAGAAGUAAUGUUCCAGCCAUCUAGAAUGAGACUUAAACCGUUUCUCGAUAGAAUACUGAUGGGAAUGUCCUGGCAACCGAUGCAAAAUGUUGAUCCGUUUAUGACUGAAUCAUUAACACAAUACAUGUUUCACGGUGGGAACCCAUCCGGGCUUGAUCUAGCCGCUCUCAAUAUACAACGAGGGAGGGACUAUGGUCUACGAAAUUAUAAUGACUAUAGGAAACUGGUUGGCUUGAUGCCUUUGGAUUUCACUGAUUUUUCACCUAAUACGGCAAAACGUCUAACAUCAGUAUACAAAUCCCCAAAAGACAUAGACCUCUGGGUGGGAGGACUUCUAGAGAAACCCCUAGAGGGCGCCAUCGUUGGCCCAACGUUUGCGCAAAUAUUGGCCGAUCAGUUCGCACGAAUUAAGAAUGGAGAUCGGUACUUUUAUGAUUAUGGUCCCGAUGUGAAUCCUGGAGCUUUUACUAUCAGUCAGCUAGCUGAAAUCAAGAAGGUGACAAUGUCCCGUAUUAUUUGCGACAACAGCGAUCACAUUGAGCUCAACUAUCAAUCUCCGAAUGCCUUCUUAAGAUCGGAUAUGCCGGGGAAUGAACCAGUACCAUGUGAUAGUCCACUCAUCCCAGAAUUAGAUUUAAGAAUAAUGAAAGAAAUUUAAUUUUCACCGUUUUCGUUUAAACCCUAGUUUUUACUUUAUAAGUUAAAUUUAUCACAAGGGUUGUUUAAAGUUAGCAAAUGUAUUUGUUGUGUGUUUUAAUUCUGAAUUUAACAUCAGUCUUUCCUGUUUCUUGUGAUUUAUUUUCAACUGCAUUUUCACACAUCUUACAAUAAUUUGAUUUUAUUGCAAAAGCGAUCGUAUUGUUUCCUGAUUUUGCAUGUGCCUCUUGCAAUAAUUUCAUUUUUUGUAAUGAUAUUUUAUGAGCUGACCUUAUUAGUAUUUGUGAAUUGUACCUCUACAAGAUAUCCCUUUUUAAAUUUAAUUUGAUUUACAUUUAAAAAGGAAUAUUUAUAAUGUGAUUUUAACUUACAAAAUGAUAUUAUACCUGUGAAAUUGCAGUACUUUGUCAAUAUCUUAGUUUUUGAUUCACUUCCAAUCUAUAAUUAGAACUGAUGUUGAAUUUAGUGUUAGAACGGUUAUGAAAAGUACCUGGUUAAAUGAUUUUUUCUAUAAAAAAUCUAGAAAUCGGGAGUAUCAAUAUAUUGCUGUGAUAAGUU